AUGUCGGUUGAGGAGGCUGUUGCCAGAUAUAGAGAUGUUAUAAGCCACCUAGCAACUGGCAAUUUAAGGCAGAUUGCCAUGAAGUCAGAAAAAUUGGCCCAGAUCAUUGCAUCCUCAAAAAGUACCGUUCGCUUUCAUCAUAAAGCCCGCAGUGGUAAAACAGUAAUAUAUAAAUCCAUCAAGAAAGCUCUACUUUCCAAUGUUACAUCUCUAUCUCCCGAGUUUUCCUCAGAAACUGAUGUUCUGCAAUUCCUCCAUUUAAAUUUUGUAUAUCAAACUCGUUUUCAAGCUUUAAGUGGACAAAUAAAGAAAUAUUGUGGCAUGAAGAUAUACUAUGAGUUAAAGUUUGCAGCGAUCGAUCACUUAGAAACCGAAGCACAAACUACCGGCUUGACACUCUUAAGAUUUUGGGCGACAUCUUUGGAUGAAUUUAUUAGAAAAGAACAUUGGAUAGAUAAUGGAUCCGAGUUUCAAAUUUUUUACAGGCUAAUGGUUGAUUAUUCGUCUUGGAAAUGGGAUUCAGAUAUUGAAAGACAACACUACUUCAUGUGCCAAUUUCGCAGCAAACUCAAAGAAUGCUUGGUGGACUUUUACGAAAAUUUUGAUCUUCAAAAAUCCAGCAAACCUCUGGAAGAACUCAUUAUGCCUUGGGAAAAGCUCGUUUAUGUCGCCAAUUAUAUAGAUGCAUUCACUGGAGAGCAAGUUAGGAUAGACGGUGCCGAAUUAUUCUGGACAUUCAAAAAUCUUGUUUUCUCCUCCAUUUCCUCUAUUGUUCUUAGGUUAGAUGACCUUCAGAAUAUAUUCAGCGCAUUCCAGCAUUACGGUAAGGACACGUUAGUUCAAGACUUUGCGCGCGUACGAUCUUUAAAGUGGGAUAGUAAUGAUAAGGUCGAAAGCUUGAUUCGUGCCCUCAUUUUUAAUGAUAUGUUUCCUUAUUUUAAUCGGGAACAAGUAAGAACGAAGGGAGAUGGUAUAUAUUUCUUGCGCUUAUUGAGGAAAAACUUCAAGAGAAAGAUCAAUGGCGUUAAAGAAUUUCAUAUUCAAGUGAUGAAGUACUUGAAUUCCCAAUUUAAGAAUAAUUACAACUCGUUGAUGACAUCAUUAAAAAUUCAAAAUAGAAAACAAAGUCUGAAUAUGGUUCGUUCUGCUUCAAAGGAUGGUAGCAAAACUAAUGUGCUUCUUUCGCCUAUCGAUGAAUAUUCACAUUUUGUUGAUAAUGAUGAACCUUUGUGGCAAGACAAACUAUAUCCGAAGAUAUACACGAAUGAGCAAACCCUUACAUUUGAUACAUCAGCUAUAUUUGAUUCUCAUAAGAUAUACGCAAUAUUAUCAUUACUGCGAUACUACUUACCUGAGAAAAGAAAGUUUUUUCGGAUUUAUUACUUGCCAAGUAUUUUUAAAAGGAUUUUAUAUUACGGUACGAAGUUUGCUCAGCUAUAUUUCAAGGAAGGUUGCUUGGAACGACUGGUUAUAGAAUAUCUCAAGAUUCUAGAACCCUCUUUGGCUCAUGCGGUAGACAAAUUGAUUAAGUCUAGCAUAGAAUCACUCAAAAAUGUAACACUAACAAGUGAUGAUAAAACCUCUUCAGGCGUCAUUCUUUUGCCCCAGAAAGAAUUUAGUUCACUUUCUGAAGUAAACAAAGGCUUCAAUGAACCAUUUUGGCCUAACCAGUCAUUUGCGAAUAGUUGGCCCGAUCUCGCGAAUAAGCAAUUGAAGACGGGCCAAGUUUUGCAAGAUGCAUUUGCAUUCCACCUUUUUGAAAUUGAACUACCGAUUGUUAUCAACAAUACAAAGGGUACGCAUCUGAAACUUGUUUCUAACAUGUGCACCACAAGCAUAUUGUACUUAUAUAAUGAAGCUGAUUCCUUAUCAUUAAUUACCAUACAAGAAAAAUUAGCUGUUUUACCGACAGGUAAACGAAAUGAGAUCCUAUUGAACAAUUUGAAUAGGCUAACAAAAUUGAAGCUGUUAUUGUUGAAAGAGAACGAAGAAGGGCAAAAGUUUUACACGUUUAAUUUUAAGUACAAAAAUACUGGUCAGAAAUCGUCGGUUAUAAGGCUUAUCUAA